AUGUCAGCCAACUCAGUUCACUUACACGCAUCGCCCGCCGCAGAACCGCAAACGACGACUCAGGUCGACUAUGGUUUGUCAUCAUCGCCCCGCCGCCAGCCCACUGUCGACGUGAGCCAUCCCAUCCUCGAAGAGGGCGAUGAGUCCGAGAGCGACACUCCCAACGAGCCCGUCACGCCCGUGAGCGGAAGGCAUUCCCAAGACUUCCACAACCUGCAGAACCACGACAUCCACACCUACUCGAGCUCCAAUCCCUCCUCCGACACCUCGAGCAUCCCUUUCCCUUCUCUCGCCUCAGACAACACCCCGGCCCACAAGCCUCCCGUUGUCGUCAACACCGAGGCAACUCCGCCGCCACCUCCCAAAUCACCAAACCCGUCUUCGACCCCUGCGCAAGAGCAAUUGACGCCCACUCUCUCGCGGCGCUCCACUCGCGGCUCCAGCUCUACCUUUGGCUUCAAGCGCACAAUGUCGAGCAUCUUCAAGCGCAGCGGUUCGCAGACCGAGAAGGCCGCAUUCGGCGACGCUGGCUAUGUCGCCUCCUCAGAUCCCAACCUAGAGAGCAAGGUCAGGUCCCAGAGCCAAGAAUGGAGGGUCCCGAAGUCCAUGGGCACGACGCAGUCCAAUACGCAGUCCAACUCUCCUCCUUCUCCCGGCUCUCCGGUCCUCGAGAUGGCCGGCCUCAAGAAGGGCAAUACGGCGACCGCGACAGCCACCGUCCCCAGUGCCGACGACUUCUUCAAGAACCAGAAGAAGAAGAACCGGGCCUCCACUGGGUUCAGUAUUAGAAAUGCAAUCACCUUUGUCACUUCGAGCAACAGCAACGGCAACACCAAACCUGGACGCCCCGUUCCUCUGAGGAGAAGGGCGAGCAGCUUCGACUACUCGAACCGCCUGCACCCCGAGCACCGUGGUGACCCGUGGGGUCUUCCUGCCGAGGCUGGAACGGGUGUCAAGGCUCGCCGCAUGAGUCUGAGCCUGCCCGACGACUUCACCGUCGAUAUUGUCGACCUGCACUCCGAGUUCGACUACAUGCACAAGAUGGGACGGCACCGAAAGCAUCUUGGCAAGGGCGCCACGUCCAAGGUUACCCUCAUGUUCAGGAAAGGGUAUCCCGAGGAGCUGUACGCCGUCAAGGAGUUCCGUGGCAAGUCCUCGUCCGAGACCAAGGAAGAGUACGAGAAGAAGGUCAAGUCGGAGUACAGCAUCGCCAAGAGUCUGCACCACCCCAACGUCGUCGAGACCAUCCGUCUGUGUACCGACCGCGGCCGGUGGAACCACGUCAUGGAGUACUGCCAAGAGGGCGACCUCUUCAGCCUGGUCCAGAAGAAGUAUCUCAAGGACCAGUCGCGCGCCGUCGACCGCCUGUGUCUGUUCAAGCAGCUCGUCCAGGGCCUCGCCUACCUGCACGCCAACGGCAUCGCCCACCGCGACAUCAAGCUGGAGAACCUGCUCAUCACCAAGGACAGCAAGCUCAAGAUCACCGACUUUGGUGUCUCCGAGGUCUUCUGCGGCAUCCACCCGGGUCUGAGGGAAGCGGGCGGUCAGUGCGGCCAGAACAUGGCUGAUGUCCGCAUGUGCUCCCCCGGCAUCUGCGGCAGUCUGCCUUACAUCUCGCCCGAGGUGCUCGCCAAGCAGGGUCAGUAUGAUCCCAGGGCCCUCGACGUGUGGGGCGCCGCCAUUGUCAUGAUCAACCUGAUCUUCGGCGCGCCCCUCUGGGAGGCCGCGAAGUGGGACGGCAACGUGGUCAAGAACCCGGUUGGCUACGCCGCCCUGGCCAUCGGCUGGAAGAAGUGGAACGACAAGAACUCUGGCGACGAGGUCUCGGACACCAACUACCCCAAGGUCGCGGCCUUUGACUUUGCCGUCAACCCGCCCGUCCUGCGCCGCAUCCUGCUGCAGAUGCUGAACCCGGACCCGGAGAAGCGCAUGACGAUCGAGCGGCUGGUCGAGAAGCGGUGGUUCAAGAACAUCGAGUGCUGCCAGCUGGACACCUACGAGGACCCGGCCAAGUAUAUCGACGCUUCCAAGAAGAGCGGCACCAAGCUGCUGGGCAACAAGAUCUUCUGCCACAACCACCUGCCCGUGCAGAGCCACGGCAGCCACUCGCUCGGCACGAUGCCUGGCAAGCCGGGCUACUGA